AUGGCGGCCAUGGCGGCGGCGGCUGCCGGAGGAGCCGCGGUGGGAACGGGGACGGUCCCGGGAGGUCCCGGUGGAACCGGAGACCCUUCCCCGCCUUACGGCAACGGCCUGGGAGCGGUGGCGGCAGCGGAGGAGGCGGCGCUGGGAGAAGGGGGGAACCGGGGCCGGGGCGGGAGCGGCCGCGGAGGGAGCGGGGGAGGGGCGGGAGGGCCGAUGGGGGGAACCGCGACCGCUUCCACCGCCGUUACCGCCGCCGCCGCUUCUUCAUCGGCAUCGGCAUCAUCGGGAGCGCCGGGACCGCCGCACGAAAGCGCCGCCGAGGAGCUGGAGGAGGAGGAGCUGGAGGCCAUCAAGGCCCGGGUGAGGGAGAUGGAGGAGGAGGCGGAGAAACUCAAAGAGCUGCAGAAUGAGGUGGAGAAACAGAUGAAUAUGAGCCCUCCACCGGGAAAUGCUGGCCCAGUAAUCAUGUCCCUGGAGGAGAAAAUGGAGGCCGACGCUCGCUCCAUCUACGUGGGAAAUGUGGAUUACGGCGCCACGGCCGAGGAGUUGGAGGCGCAUUUCCACGGCUGCGGCUCCGUCAACCGCGUCACCAUCCUGUGUGACAAAUACAGCGGCCACCCCAAAGGGUUUGCCUACAUCGAAUUCUCAGAUAAGGAAUCGGUGCGGACGUCGAUGGCGUUGGACGAGUCGCUCUUCAGAGGGAGACAGAUCAAGGUGAUCCCCAAGAGGACGAACCGGCCCGGGAUCAGCAGCACCGACCGCGGGUUCCCCCGGGGCCGAUUCCGGGGGCGGGGCCAGGGCGGCUUUGGCUCCGCCCGCUCGCGCUUCUACAGCGGCUACGCCCGGCCCCGGGGGCGGGGAUACAGGUAAAUUAAAAAUUUGGGCUUAAUUCAUGAGAUUUUGGGUCAAUUUGUAUUUUUUUCCAAUUUUUUGGGGGUUUUUUCCGCGAGUUUUUAGAGCGAAAUUCGCGGGUUUUGCGCCAUUUUUUGCGUUUUCCAGGUGAGUUUCGCGAAUUUUUUUGGGAGUUUUUGGAAGUUUU